AUGUUCGAAAAGUCGCUUACAGAUCUCAUUCGUGGUAUACGCGCAAACAAAAAAAAUGAACAAAAGUACAUUGCUGCAUGCUUACAAGAGAUCCAUCAGGAAAUAAGGAGUAAUGAUCCCGAUAUAAAAGCACAGGCAGUGUCGAAACUGACUUAUCUUCAAAUGCUAGGUUAUGAUAUGUCAUGGGCGUCUUUUCAUGUCGUUGAGGUUAUGUCAUCGGCAAAGUUUUUUCAAAAACUUACGGGUUACUUAGCGGCCACACAAUCCUUCCGGCAGGAUACGGAUAUAUUAAUGUUAACUACUAAUUUAUUAAAGAAGGAUCUUGCAUCAGGAAAUCAUCUUGAGGUCGGUAUAGCUCUUAAUGGACUCUCUCAUAUCGUCACACCAGAUCUUGCUCGUGAUCUUUGUCAGGAUCUUGUUUCAAUGCUUAGCCAUUCUCGUCCUUAUGUGCGAAAAAAAGUGGUGCUUGUUCUUUAUAAGCUUUUUCUUAAAUUUCCUGAAGCUUUGAGAUUAAGUUUUCCCCGUUUAAAAGAACGACUUGAUGAUUCUGAUCCAUCGGUCAUAUGUGCUGUUGUUAAUGUAAUAUGUGAAUUGGCACGAAAAAAUCCAAAGAAUUAUUUGUCCCUUGCACCACAAUUGUUCAAAUUAUUAAAUACUUCCUCUAAUAAUUGGAUGCUUAUAAAAAUUAUUAAGCUGUUUGGUGCUUUAGCACCACUGGAACCACGUCUUGCUAAGAAACUUUUACCACCAAUUACACAACAAAUACAAACAACCGCUGCUAUGUCAUUACUAUAUGAAUGUAUACAUACUGUAAUUAUUGGUGGGAUUUUAACUUCUGGUGGAAAUUCAGAUGCUUUAGCUGCAAUGUGUGUCAACAAGCUUAGAAUAUUUCUAGAGGAUCCUGACCAGAAUUUGAAAUAUGUUGGACUUUUGGCAUUAUCAAAAAUUCUUCCAACAUAUCCAAAAUUAGUAGCUGAAAAUCGUGAUAUCAUUUUAAAAUGUAUUGAUGACCACGAUAUUAGUAUCCGUUUACGUGCAUUAGAUUUAGUUGUUGGCAUGGUUAACAAAAAAAAUCUUACAGAUAUCGUUAAACGUUUGAUGUCUCAUCUUUUGCCAUCAAAUAAUAAUAAUGAAUCAUCAACACUUCCAUCAACUUUACUUGAACCAGCCUAUCGAGCAGACAUAAUAAAUAGGAUUAUCUUUAUAUGUUCUCAGAAUUCAUAUAGUAAUAUUGUAAAUUUUGAAUGGUACAUUGCAGUUUUGGUAGAUCUUACCAGUGUUGCUGGAAUUAAUGUUGGUGAUUUGUUAACAAUGCAAAUAAUGGAUGUUGGUAUUCGCGUCAAGAGUGUACGACAAUAUUGUGUAAAAGCAAUGCAAAGGUUGCUCUCAGAUUCUAAUCUUUUGGAAAAUUGUAAAUUCCCCGAAUCUAAUUCUGAACCUGGUGUUACAAAGCUUCCACAUAAUGUUCAAGCUGUUUAUAUUCAAAGUAGUUUGAAAGUAUAUGCAUUUUGGGCAAAUAGUUUGACUUAUAACUGGGAUGAGGAUUCAAAACAGGAAUUAUUACGAUUCACAGAAAUGAUAAAAAAUAAAAUUUCAAUGUUUUGUUCUUGCACAGAUUUGGAAGUUCAAGAAAGGGCGUACAAUGCACGGGAGAUAUUUUCAAUAAUCCAUCAAAAUUUGUCUAUGACUUCCGAUACUACAUAUGGUGUUGGAAAUAAUAUAUAUGCUUCAACCAAUAAAUCUCCUAGCAUUAUCUCUGAACUUUAUCCGCUCUUUUUUUCUUAUGAGCUUAACCCUGUGGCUCCUAAAGCUCAAAAGAAAGUGCCUGUUCCUGAAGGACUAGACUUAGAUGCAUGGAUUAAUGAGCCAUUACCUGAAUCUGAAAACAAUGAGAGCGAGGAAGAGGAGGAAAGUUAUGGGCAUGGAUAUACUCAUAAAUUUGGUGGAAGUGGUGAUUUAAUAUUUUCUAGCGGUAGUGGUACAGCAAUUGGAAGGCGUCGAGGUAGAAAAUCAAAUAAAAAAGGUUAUGACAGUGAAGAGGAUGAGGAAACUAAGGAAAAGCGUCGUAAAGAACGCAAUGAACGUAUCAAGAAUGAUCCAUUUUAUAUUAGUAGUACAGGAAAAGAUCUAUCGAAACAUUCAAAAUCAGAUAAAUCAGAUAACCUAUCAAAGCGUAUUCCAGAAGAAAUUGACGUGGAUUCUAUACCAGUAGUUCGUUUAACAAUGGAUGAAUUUACCUUUAAAACCGAUAAAAAAACCUCUAAAAAAUCUAAAGCAUCGAAAAAAGAAAAACGACAUUCGCCGCCGCCUGUCCCGCCAGUUAUCUAUACUGACAUUGGUGAGAUGCCAGAGAAUGCUACUUUAUCCGAUGAAGAAAAGGAUACUACAAAGACUGGCCAUAAUAAACCUGUUUGGAACACAAUACCAAGCAAAAGUGGCGGUAUUUUAGAUGUAGAUUUUUCUGGCGUAUCAAAUGUAGAUCUGUCGACGCCAUUAGGCGCAGAUGAGAAAUUUCCGUCGAUUGCAGUUUACCUUGCUCCUGAGGAAGUACGAAGGCGAGAAGAGGAAAGAGUGAGACGGAGAGUGACGGAAAGACGAAUAAAGCAGACACAAGAAAGUACAUCUCGAGUUAAAAAAAACAAGAGCGAAAAGCCGAAGUCAAAAGUUUCUAUAGAGAUUACACCAAAUACAAAAAGCGCGGAAGAUAAUGGCGAACAAUCCUCUAAAUCUAAAAAGGUGCCCAAGAAAAAGCGGACCGGAGAGACUGAAGAUCGUAAGAAAAAAGGAAAAAAGGAUAAAGGAAAAAAACCCAAGAAGAAGAAUUCAAUAUCAGAUAAUGCUACAUUAGAACAUAAUGACAAUGAUGUAGUUGUAGAUCCAAUCAAAACAUUGGUGGAUUCAGACGAUAUUCAAGUUCUUUAUACCCUAAGAUUAGGUUCUUCUACAGAAGCCAAAAAUGAAGCUCCUGCAAUGAUUGCAGAUUUCACUGUUCGCAAUAAUUGUUCAUACAAACAUCCCCUGUCUAAAUUGACAUUUGCUUUUGAAUCAACAACAGACAUUCAAUUUAAUAAAGCGUUAAUAGAAAUAGGUGAAUUACAACAUGGUGAACAGAAAAGCGUGACAAUAGAAUUUAAAGUUUUGGGAAUUGUUGGUGCAGGUUUAACUGUUUCUGGAAACAUUACGUACGAAAUACAGUCGGAUGAAGAAACAAAAACAAAUCGUGAUAUACCAAUAAGAUUUGAAUUGCCUAUGGCAGUUUUCAUGUUAAACAUGCCAAAAAUAACACCAGAAGAGUUUAAGUCAUGUGUUUCUCAAACAGGAGAUUUUCCAUUUACUGGAUCAACAUCUAUACGUUUAAAUGCCUCAAUUAAUUUAGUUGAACAUUCAUUCCAAAACGAUGUGAUACGAUUAAUAUCAAUGGCAACCGGGACACAUAUCGUUGAGCAAGUUCCGGGUGCUAUAACAAUUUAUGGUAGGAGUGUACAAGGAUAUCAAGUUGCAGGGUUAGCAAAAUUAACUGUUGAGAAGAAUCUAAUGUUAGUAGAAACCGAAAUACCUGGCAGUGUUCAAAAUACAAGUGUUCGAAUUGAACUUAAAUGCACAGACCAAGCAUUUGUUGAUGGUUUAAUUAGAGAGAUUGAUUAUUUGUUUAGAAAAGAUUUGUGA